CGCGCAUCAAUUUGUGUCCCUGUGAGCGAAGACUCGGACGCCAUGGAGCCCGGGGUCUUCCGCGGUCCCAGGCGACGGCUCGUCAGCCAACCGGCGCAGCAAACUGAGAGACCUCCGCCCUUGCCAGAGCCGGCGGCGUCGACGAGCUUGGGGCGCUCGGAGUUCCUGCAGUUCCUCGGCGCCUCGACGACCUUGGCCUUCUUCGCCGCCCAGCAGCCGAGGUUCGCCCGCGCCCGGACGGGAGCCCCCUCGGACCCCGAGCUGCUACCCAACUCGCUGAGCUGCGGCGGCCUCACCCUGAAGAACCCCAAGUACAUCGGCGGAGGGGUGCAGGCGGAGGUCUACUCCGCCAGCGUGCCGGGAACUGGCCUGGUUGCUCUGAAGCUGAGCCGCACCAACGACGACUACGCCCAGGGAACCUUUGCACGGGAGAAGCAGAUCAUGAAGCUGCUCCAGGAUAACAAGGUCCCCAACGUGGUCCGUUGCCUCGGCAGCGGCCAAGUGAGCACCCGCGACGGCCCACGCUGCGGCUUGGUCCUCUCGCCAUGCACGCCCUUUGCGCGGAACAUCUCGGUGAAGACGGGCUGCGGCUUGCCGCAGGCCACUGAAGCGCAGGAGGCGUACAGGAUGGAGCAGCUGAUGGGGACCGCAGUUCGGGUGCUGGAGUCGGGCGUGGCGGGGGUGGAUGUGCAGGUGCUGCAGCCCCAAGGCGCGCCAGACCUGACGUGGAUUGACUUCACGGAGGCGGCCCUGCUCAAGUCCGAGAAAGGCAAACUGGCGGUCGAGGGCCCUGCCAUCAUUUGCCCGGAGUAUGAGAAGCGCUACAGGAGUGCCAAGGAUGCUGUCAUCGGCUACGCCACGGAGGUCUUUCUGACGGUUCCGCCCUCCUCGCGGAACGCCGCUGUGGAGGCCUUGACGGAAGAGCUGCAGACCUUGGCCAAGGAGAGGAAGCGAGGCGUCGGCAAGACCUUCCAGGAUGUUUGGGCCAAGCUGCCCUGGCGCUGCAGUUCAUUCGCCCAGCAGCGCCUGGAGUACUAUGCCUCCGCGGCCUCCGGGGACUGGGCGGCAGUUUGAGCCAGCGAAGCGGCGAUGCCGCGAUGCUGGCCACUGGCGACCAUGGGGUUGGUUCUUUUUCCCCAAGCCACCAAUGCAAACCACCUGAA